AUGAUAGGCAAAAAAGAAAUAAAUUAAACUAGUAAGAGUAAAAAAAAAUCACUAGCACUAAAAUAAAAAAUAGGAAUCCUUCCUCUACAAACAGCAAAAGCGAAAAAUAUUUUAAAAUUUUAUCCCAAGCACUUAAUCUACUUUAUAAAUUUAUCUAUUAAAGGUGGCCUUCUAUGUAUAUUAAAAAUAAAAAUUUCCGUACUAAAAAGAAUAGAGUUAGCAAGAUGUAAUAUAAGACAAUAUUCUUUUCCUAUUUAAUAAAAUUUUUAUUAUACUUAAAAAAUUAUUUAAAGAAUUACCUUUAUAAAGCUCUAUAAAAUAAUAACUAUAAAAAUAGUAUUUAUUUUAUUUAAGCAGUGA